UCCACUCCAGCUCUCCCUCCUCAUCGACAACUGUCUGCAGCUUCUCGGUACUUUAUCGCGCGGCGAUUGAAUCCGGGCCGGUUUGAAGGGAGCCAUCCUCCGAAGACACGCGCCGCCCCGCACCGCACGCACCGCACCGCACCGGCCGAUCUGACCCACCGGCUCCUCCAAGAUCACCUCUCUGACCGACUGGAACAUCGUGUCCUUUGCAGGCAAGAUGACAGCCAAGCACCGCAAAGGGAAGAACAACCACAAGCAUGAAGAUAACUUUUUCAAGAACGACGCGCCGGAGACAGAGGUGCGCGCGGGGGGGAACAACUACGCGCUGCUGCUGGUUUUAUUUCUAAUGAUUGUGAUCGGAGGCGCCACUGGAGCGUGGUUCUGCUUCCAGCAGCACCAGACAUUAACCUACCUGACAGACAAUCUGAUGGGCAUGCAGAUGAAGAUAGUCAAGCUGCAGUCCUCCCAUGAAGAAAUGCGACGCUCCAAUAGCAAGCCUCUGUCGGAGAGCGUGGAGACCCGCCUGAACGCCCUUGAGGAGUCCUACGCUCUGGCCCAGAAGCAGGUGGGCAUGGCCCUGGCCACUGCCGAGCAGCUCAAGACGUCCGACCUCCCCGCCCAGGUGCUGUCGCUCCACACCGAGAUGAAGGCCCGCAUGGCGGAGAUGCAGCAGGCCAGCGUGUCCCCGGAGCAGCUGGACCAGCUGCAGGCCGCGCUCAAGGGGAAGAGCGAGGAGUUCGAGGGCGUCCGGAUCCAGGUGGAGGGCGUGGCCUCGCUGACCGGCGAGCUGUCCAAGAAGGUCGACGUGUUGACGGGGAGCCUGGGGGAGGCGGAGUCCAAGCUGGAGGAGCGGGCCGAGCAGGUGACCACGCUGGGCAAGAGUCUGAUCGGACAGGCGUCCGAGGUGGUCCGGCUGAAGAGCGAGCUGGCCGCCUACCAGGCCCAGCUGGAGGCCAGCGUGCUGGAGAUGGCCGCAGUCAGGGAGCUGCUUGAGAAGGAGGAUUCCCAGCGGCUGCAGCAGGCCAGUGUCGAGCAGCAGCUUAACACGGUACGUCAGAGUCUGCUGGAUCAGAACUCAGCAGCCGUUAAUCUGCACUCGGAACUCAGCGCUCAGCUGGAGAACAUACAGCAGCAGGUUACACAGCCGGAGGGGGGAUCUCUGCCCCCCGCUGAGUCUCUGGAGCAGACGGAGGAGGAAGAAGAGGCACCUCCUGCAGCUGAAGAGGAGCCAGCUGCAGCGGAGGGGGGACUUCCUGCCGCCGAACAGGCAGAAGAGCAACCUGAGGCAGGUUCUGAGGCUGCGGCUCCUGUUGAGCAGGACUCUGUGACUGGAGAAGCCGCUCCAGCAGAGGAGGUGGAGGAGGAGGGAGUAGAAAAUACAGAAAAAGAAGAAGAAGAAAAAAGUGUAGAGGGUGAGACGCCUGAAGAGAAUGAAGCCGAGGGAGAGGAGGUUCAAGAGGAGGCGGCGGCACAGGAUGAAAACAGUGAAGCUGGAGACGAGGAAGAAGAGCAGCCUGAUGUAGAGGAAGAGCAGCAGGACGCAGCUGAGGACGAGCCUGAGGAGGAGUCGCUAGAAGAAGAUGCUUCAGUAGCAGCAGAAUAGUGCAUGUCGCCAGAAACAGACUUUUUCCGGAAAUAUCCAUCAAGAAGAAUGCAAAACUUUCUCAGCCUAACAUCACUGUCCACAAAAAUGACAAAGAAAAUAAUGUAGGAGGACCUGAUUGACUGCUGCUGUUUGGUUGCUGAACCUCAACUGAAGAAUUAAGUCACCGGAGCAGACGACAGGCCAUUCAGUCGUUCAGGGUUUUCCUGCGAAUACCAACCUCAGAAGCCUUAAUCCACGAGAAGAAUGACUGUCUUUCUACAGAGAAUUUUCCACUCUUUCUAACUUGCACUCUUUAGUUGAAGUUUCUGUACUAAACUGGGAAAACUCAGAGCCGAUGCAGAGACUGUUUAGGAACACACUUGAAGCCAUAAGUUGCUGGUGACAUUAAAAGUAUGCUUGUUUGUGUCACUGCCUGAAAUUCUCUGUUUACACAAAAACUGCCAACCACAAAGUCUGCAAAAAAAAAAAAAAAAAACGAAAGAAAGAAGAAAAA